AUGUCAUCUGAAAAUGCUGCGUCACAUAAAGUCUGUGACGCAUCACUCCCUGCAUCAGAGGCUGAACCCCUGAGGAUGGUUCUGUUGGGUAGGACAGGAACGGGCAGGAGCUCUUCAGGUAACACCAUCCUGGGCAGAUCCGCCUUCUGGGUCAGUGUCUCCCCCUGCUCUGUCACCACACAGUGCAAGAGACAGAGCGGGACAGUCCAGGGGCGGAGCAUCUCUGUGAUUGACACUCCGGGUUUCUUGCACACACAACUGACCCCUGAGGAGGUCAUGACAGAGGUGGGACAUAGUGUUGUCCUGUCCUCUCCGGGACCCCACGCCUUCUUGGUGACCCUGCAGCCCGGCAGGUUCACCCAGGAGGAGAGGGACGCCUUAGAGUGGAUCAAGGCUACGUUUGGACCUGGAGCCAUUAGGUUUACCAUGGUGCUGUUUACAUGGGGUGAGCAGCUGCACGGCAAACGCAUCGAGGACUUCCUGGUGGAGAGCGAUGAGCUGUCGGAAUUUGUCAGCAGCUGCCAUGGGGGGUAUCACGUCUUUGAUAACAGUUUAGAUGACGAGACAACGGAGGGCUCGCAACAGGUCGCACAACUCCUGAAGAAGGUAGACAAGACUGUGGCGGACAAUGGAGGCGGUUGCUAUAGCAAUGAGAUGUUCAAGGAGGCCGAGAGGGCCAUCAGGGAGAUCCAAGAGAGGAUUCUGGGAGAAAGAGGACACAAGGUGGAGUCCCCUCAGAAGGCAGCUCAAAACAAAGAGGAGCAGAGGGAGGAGGAGCAGAGGAGGAGGGAGGAAGAAGAGGCCAAGAGAAGGGUGGAGAGGCUUUUCUGGUGCGAGCUGCUGACUGCAGUGGGGAAAGGCGCCGCAGAGGGGGCAGGGAUCAUGGGGAAAGACGACGAUGGGAAAGGGAAGGUUGUGAAGAAGGUGAAGGUGGUGGAGAGGGCGGCGGCUCUUGCAGCGUCACCGCUCUCCAUCACUUCAGCUGCAAAAGCGGUGGGAGGAGCUGUGAGAGAAGGAAGCAAGGUGUUAUAUAAACACAGGAAGACUUUCCUAAAAACACCUCACUGA